GCUCUCUUUGCUCUUACGCUAUCACGGACACCGCCAUUACUCCUUCUCUCUCACCGUAGUGCUGUUAUCUGUCAAAUAAUGCGACGGUCAGAUCCGCAAAGAUGCCGGUCUAGGUUUCGGGUGUACCCCUCCAUCAAAGACGAACGAACAAGAACCAAGACUUCGAUUUCGAUUUCCUCUCAGGUAUAUUCUCAAUCCUCAAUCCUUUCGUUGGAAUUUUCCUGGAUUUUGAUUUGAAGUAAUUAAGGGUGGUUCGGUAUACGGAGUGAUAUUGAUUUCGGAUAAUGGCGGAGCUGCAUGGGUUUUUGUAAUUGGGGGCAAUUAGGGCUUGAUUAAUGAAAACCGUGAGAUUCAUUCCCGCCCACAGCAAAUCAGAUGCCGCCAGAUCCUAAAUUGAUUACCGGAUGACACCGGUCACCAAAAAAUUAAUAAAGUAAGAAAGUGUACGUGGCGCAUUAACAUCCACACAUUUCAGUCCCGUUUUGGUACAGUUUGACCAUCUUGGUCCAUUGUGGCCAUCGCUGUUCGACUUAAACGCACCUUCUUGAUUAUUUCGAUGAUACGAUGCCGUUUUGGGGGGUCUCUUACACUCUGCCUAGAAUCUAGAUUUUCAACUUCCAAAUUUCAAAAACCGUCUUCGUCGCAACGGAUAUUAACUGCCAAUCGCGACCUCUUCUUCAGUUCUUCCUUUUAGACACAACCUUUCAUGUCAAAGUAUUUUAGUACCAGAGAACACACAUUUGCCACUCACGAAUUGCCCUCUCUCAAGCACCUACACACAGGUGCUUGAGAGCCGCAUUUGACAUCAUCUUCGCACUGCAAGAGUCUCAUAGUUCUCCUCGACGCAUGGCAGAUACCAGUAACAAUGCGCCUCACAAUGGCUCAUUUGACGCUGAUACAGUAUUUGAUUACGAAUCAUUCCACGGAUUAUUCAAUGAUGAGGACCCUAAUCUCGCAAAUUUAACGUCAGUCAAUGAAGUUGCUGACCCGGUUCCUCCUCCUACUGGAUUUUUUCAUAUGUCAAGAGAAGUUCCUUCUUCUACUGGUUAUGCUUCUUGGUCUGGAUAUGGCAUUGCAGAUGCUAACGCAAAUGUAAUUUCAAUCAGUGAAGCUACUGCUCCAGUUCCGUCAUCUGAUGGUUUUAUUUAUGGGACGGGAGACGGCAUUGCAGAUGCUAAUGAUCCCAGAGAUGAUCUGAUGAUUUGGGACUUAGAUAAUGAGUCCAAUCAAGUUAAUUCGUUGCCAUUUCCAUCUACUAUUCCAGUACAAAACGGAAAUGGAGGAGCAGGGGUGCCAUCUACUAUUCCAGUACACAACGGAAAUGGAAGAGCAGGGGAUUCGGAUAGUCUAGAUUAUGGCGGGCCAUCACUUCAUCUUCCAUUUUGGCCACCACUACCAGAGCCAUUUCUUUGCACUUGUUGUCAAGUGCUUAGGGAAAUAGUUCACACAGAUGGCAUUGUUACUACUAAAAUUGAGAUUCAUGGAAGACUGGGUAUGAUCUAUCAUGCAAUUCUCCAGAUUCGAAACAAAAUCAAUGCGACUUCACAUACACCUGAUUGUCACAUGUUCGAUUUUUGCACGAAAAGCAUAAGGGAGGUGAAGCAGUUUCUGGUGAAGUACUGUCGUAAGAGAAAGAUAUCGGGUUUUGUUAAGGUGCAAGAUCCAUUCUCAGGCUUCUAUGAAGCUGUCUGCGUGGGAAUGGACAGAGAGAAUAGUGUGAAUGAUAAUGCUGAGGUUGAUGACUUCCUUAACCUAUCUCCGACGACAAGCUCAGGAGAUGGUCAGACAGGACAUACGGAAAUAGAGAAUGGGACAACAAAUGUGCCGAAGACCACUCUCACAUCACAGCGCCGCAGAGGCAAAAAGCAGCAAAGUUGAGACCUUGCAGAUUACUUACAUCUUCCAAUUGAAAACGCAGCCAAAAAGAUUAAUUUAUGCCCCGCAGUAUUGAAGAAGUAUGUCGAAGAGAACAACAGAGGUGCAAGCAGAGAUUAUGAGGCUUGAACAAGAAUUGGCCACUAUUAUGGCUGUUGCCAACAGCAUGACAUUGUGGCGUAUAGGAAUUAUAUGCAAAACGAAUUGAAAGGAGUUCUUUAUUUUUAGUUUAGUUUUUCUUCCUCUAAUUUUUUUGUAACAGUGACUGUGAUUAUUAGAAUACUUGAUAUUGAUAUCUCUAGCUGUCACAGUUUGUUCAAGGAUCGGCGAAUACUAUGUCAGAAAGAGUAAAUACAACAACUUUUGUUGCAGCA